UAAAAAUACUGUAAGUAGUGAUCAGUGUGACCCUGAAUUUGCACUGAAAAAAUUUGACCGUUUUGUGGAGAAUCGGUUUUGGAUGUCGGAUCUUUCCAAGAAAAAAAUUACUUGUUGAACAAAUUUUUUAUGAUUGAUUUUGGUUGAUUAUAAAUAAAAGAAUUGCCCCUAUGAGUAUUAUGUGGCACGAAGCUAGGAGGCAGGAAAGGAAGAUUCGUGGAAUGCUCGUUGAUUAUAGGAGAAGAGCUGAAAGGCGACGAGAUUUCUAUGAAAGAAUUAAAGCAGAUCCCACACAGUUCCUGCAGGUACAUGGAAGGAGAUGUAAAAUUCAUCUUGAUCCCAGUGUUGCUGCAGCUGCGGACAGUGCUGUGAUGAUGCCUUGGCAGGGUCAAUCAGAUAUCCUUAUCGAUCGAUUUGAUGUUAGGGCUCACUUGGAUUAUAUUUCUCCUGUCGGAAAGCAAGAUGAAGAAGAACUUACCCAAGAAGAUAGACAAAUCAAUUACGAAAGAUACAGAAUUAUUGCUCAGAAUUCAUUCCUGGGUUUGACUGAGGAAAAGUUUCUCAAACAGUUACAUCUUGAGGAGCAGUAUGGGUAUACUGAGAUGAAAACAAGGAAAGAAUCAAGAACAGGCGGAGCUGCCAUUGGAUUUAAUUACGAAGACGGGACAGGAACCACUGUCCCUGCAAACCCUGAUGAAGAAGAAUCUGACGAAAACAAUUCUGAUAGUGACCUUGAUGUGGAUCUUGCAAUUAAUGUUUCAAAAAUGGAGCCUGCACAAGCUCAUGAAAUGAAUAAGCAUGGUCGCAACUACGGGAUGAGUUCUAAUGAUUUUUAUUCUUUCUUAACUAAUGAUUUAGAGGAGGCAGAAGCUGUGCGAUUAGCUAGGGAAGAAGAACAGGAGAAGGCUUUAUUUUCUGGAAGAAAAUCUAGGAGAGAAAGACGGUAUCACAGGGAAAAAAGACUUGCAAAUAGGGUUAUCAGUCCUCCAAGUUAUGCUGCUAAAGCUUCCCCAACUCUACCUAACUUUCGUGACAGCAAAUCAAAAUCACAUUCCAGAUCUCCAUCCCCUGAGAAUUCUGGAAAAAUCACAUACAUCACUUCUUUUGGAGAUGACGAAGAUGUUCCUUCGAGUAGUAAAGAAACAUAUGCAGACAAAGUUAAGUACGGUAAGCCAAAAACCAAAAUCCAGAUGAAUGAGAGAUCAUCUCACUUAGAAAACAAGAAUAAAUCCAGAAGCAGAGAACGAUCAUAUGGCUCAAAAAGGAAGAGAUCUAGAUCAGUUAGUAGAAGUAAAUCAAAAUCUUUGAACAGUAGAUCCACUACUAGAAAAAGUAGAAGUAGGUCAAAAUCUAGAAGGAGUUCAAGCAAAAGAAGGAGUAGAAGCAGGUCCAGAGCUCGUAGGAGUUUGUCAAGGUCUAAGAGAAGCAGAAGCUGGUCUAGAAAUAGGAAAAGUAGAAGUAGAUCUAGGACCAGAAGAAGCAGAAGUAGAUCAAAAAUUAGGCGAAACAGAAGUAAAACUAGGUCGAAUAGAAGCCGAAGCAAAUCAAGUUCAAGAAGUAGAUCCAGAAAAAGCAGAAGUAGAUCUAGAGACAGGACUGGAAGAUCUCUACCAAGAAACAUAGGAAAGUCUUUUAGGAGACGUCACUCAACAUCUUCCUCUUCUUCAGCUUCAAGUAGAAGUCGAUCAAGGUCACAUUCUGAACAACAAAACAAAGAUACUGUCCUGCCGAUACCAAAAGAAUCUCCUGAAAAAGAUUUGCCAAACGUAUCAGAAUCAGUGAAAGUUAUACCGAGAUAUUACGGUAGAAAGAAGAGUGAUCAAAGUUCUUCAGAAAUCAGUGAUUCGGAUGAUAAAAGUGACGUUGAGAUGAAACCGGCCUCUAAUCCGGUUAGCAGUGAAUCAAAGAGUGGGCAUGGUAAUAGUUCAGGCUCCGCAAUCAAAAAAAAUUCACGUUUGACAGUCAUAGAACGCCUUAAAAGGAAACGACAAGCUUUAUUGAAUAAACAGUUCAAGGCAGAUAAAAUUGCUGAACAGCUCAAAACAGAGAGAGAAAAACAGGAACAACAAACAAGAGAGGAUGAAUUGCGUGAAAUGGCAAUAAAGUUACGUCGAAGGCAAAGGGAAAUAAGGCAUGCUAAUGAUAGCAGAAGUUCUAGUUCAGAUUCUGAUUCAAGCAACAAAAGCAAAAAUUCUGAAAAAGAAAAAACAAAGUCUCGUAGUACAAGCCAAGACAAAGAUGAUUCAAGAAAACACAAUUCAUUUCGAGACAACAGAGACAAGAAAGAGUACCCAGAUGGAAAAGACAGUAGAAGUAACAAAGAUCGCAGGGAUAGUAAAGAACAGAGGAGCAGAGAAUAUAGAGAUUCAGAAAAAGAUAAUUUCAGAAAUCGACGAAAUUCCAGGGAAACUAGGAGAGAUAGAAAAGAUUGUCAUUCAUCUUCUCCAAGAAGAGGCUAUAGAGAAAAUUGGCGAAGCGAGAGAGAGAAGGAAAGUGAUAGAGGUAGUAGGCUAGUUGACUAUUAAAAAUGGAAUUGUAUCAGAUGUUGAUGUAUUUAAUGUAAUACUUUUACAGCAUUAAAAAAUUAUUUAUA